GACACCCCCUACAUUGGAAGGCUAAGUCUUAACCACUGGACCGCCAGGGAAGUUCCCCCCACCAACGCCUGCUGUCUAAUAAAUGCAUACUGCACUUCUGGGCACUUAGCAACCAAGACAUUGAACUGAAGACCAUGACAAUAGCAGACCCCAGGAUCUGCAAAAUGGUCAAGAAGUCAGCAACCUCCCACCUGGAGCCCUAUCUCCGCACUCUGCCAGUCACCUUGAUGGUUGACCAGAUUGCCGGCAUUGACUACAGUUUAGUAGGAGCUCCCCAGGUGACCUCCCAAGGCCUGGAUAUACCCUUCAAGGGUGAAUUCUUCGGCAGAAACCAGAACUCCUCAGUCCCCUUCGAUGCUCCGCCCAUUGGGCUGCCCCAGAAACACGACCACAUGAUCUACUUUGCUGUCUCCGAAUAUGCCUUCAACACGGCCAGCAGGGUUUACCACCAGGCUGGGCAGAUGAAAUUCACCAUCCAAAAUAAGCAUAUACAGAACCUAAUGAAGUUUAUCAACCUUAAGUCAGCCCCAAACUGGCGGAAGCAGCAGCUGAGGCCCCGCUGCCAGACCUCCAAGUCCAUGCCUCUAACUACUCUGGUGUCCUGCUUCUCAAGUGGCUUCCUGCUUGAUGUGCUGCAGAUUCCCUUGGACUUCCCAAUCCAGCUGCAUACCAGCUCAUUCCGGGCCAUUAUUCCUCAGCUGGCCAGGAUGUAUCCUAAUAUGGAACUAGAGCUUGAGACGUCACCUGAAUCAGCUCCAUUCCUGACAUUCACUCCUGGAAAUGUGACCUUCAUGCCAGUGAUGGACAUCCAGGCCUUCGCUCUCCUGCCCAAAUCUGCUGGCCGCAAGCCCCUCUUCCAAAUCAGGGCGAGUACCAACAUCUCCAUCACCAUCAAUGUGAACUCCAGCACGAUCACUGGUUCAUUGGCCACAGGGAGGUAAGAGGCCAUGGGCUGGGGAAGAGGAGAAGGGGAUGGAUUGGCACUUGUCCUAGCAGUGUCCUCGGUUCAGAGCCUUCACCUGUGCCCCACAUCUCAUCCACUCUGGGCUCUGCUCCUUGCUGAGUGAGCUGAAAUUGGAACUGAAGCACUCCAACAUCGGUUUCUUCAAUGUGAGUUGUUUUCCUUCAUUAUUUCUUGAGUGUCCUCUCCAACCAGGGCUUCAUGGGAAGAAGCUUCAUGGAAGGGCUCUAGGAGAAGCAACGAGGUCCCAGAAAAGAUGCCCUGUAGUCUUGCAGGAAUCAGGAUAUCACAUCUGAAAGUUAAUCAUCCCAGAAGGGCAAAAAGAGUGACGCGACAUGAACGUUCAGAGCAGGAGUUUUGGAGGAUGAUGGGUCUGGGCUCAUCCAUCAGCUCUGCCACUUCCUACCUGUGUGACCUUGGGCAAAUCACUUAGCCUUUCUGAGCCUGUUUCUUUGACCAUAAAAUGGGAAUGAUGAUAGCAUCUAUCUCUAAUGGGGACUGCAAUUUGAAAUGGGGCAAUGAAUUCAGUAAGACACCUUGACCAAAUGUCACACAUAUUACACUACACUCUCAGUAUAUGUCACUAUAAUAAUGGCCAGGUGCACAAUCUCUUCUCAAAAGCCCUUGAGACGGAUGGGUUUCAGAACUGGGAAUUUUGGGGAGGUACUGUGGAGCAUGCCCCCCUGGAUCUGGGGCAACAUUUUAUAAUCAAACAUAGUCAUAGUUUUGCAAAAAAUUUUAAAACAUUCAAAUAAGGUAGAAUUAAAAAAAAAAAACACCACUAAAUAGCACCAGGACAGUUCAAGUCAUGUUUUGUCACAAAAUGUGCCUGUGUACACCUGUGGAGAAUGAAGGUCAGAGAUCUGGGAUUUGGGAAUUGUGAGUGAAGAACCGUUUAUGUGUCAUGGUGAUAGUCAUUGUCAACCUCUAUUUUGUAAAUGGGAUAACAGGCUGAUGUUUUCAGAGUUGGGAGUCAGAUGCUCUUCCCAUGGAUUUCUGUUUUUAUUCCUGUCUUACUUGAUUCCUUUGCUCUGGCCCCUCCUCUGCUCCAGGUGAAUUUGAUGGAAUCCAUCUUCAAUUACUAUGCAUUCCACAUUAUAUACCCCUCUCUCAACGGUAAGAAUAGCUGCUACUACCUGCCCCAUGCAAAAGCUGAAUUCUACCCUUUCUGUAGGACUCAUGGGUUCAUUCAUUCAUUCAACAAGGUGAGCCUCUCUUCUGUGGUGGCUGGGGGACUAGCGAUGCAGGAUCUUUGCCCUCAUGGAGUUCACACGUUGUUGGGAAGGCAGACCUGUGAAUGCCAACAGUUAGAUAAAUGACACCACAGAAGAAAGCUGUGGGAACUAGAGGACUGCAGGAGCUAGGAGGAGGCGCUUGGAACACGACUUGGAGGUCAGUCUAGAGGGCUGGGCUGAGUCCCAAAGCACAAGGAGUUAGGCCAAGGGAGGCUGAGCAUUCCAGGAAGCACUGUGGAGAGCACCUGGAGUUAGCACAUUUUAAUUUUUUUAAAUUUAUUUUUGGCUGUGCUCGAUCUUCACUGCUGCGAAAGGGCUUUCUCUAAUCGUGGCGAUUGGGGCUACUCUCCAGGUGUGGUGCUCAGGCUUCUGAUUGCAGUGGCCUCUCUCGCUGCCGAGCACACGGGCUGUAGGCACCCGGACUUCAGGAACUGUAGUGCGUGGGCUCCAGAGUGUGGGCUCAGGUGUGAUAGGGCAUGGGAUUAGUUGCCUCAUGGCAUGGGGGGAUCUUCCUGGACCAGGGAUGGAACCCUUGUCCCCUACGUAGGCAGACGGAUUCUUAAUCACUGGACCACCAGGGAAGUCCUGGAGUUAGCACAUUUGGGUCCUAGGGUGAGGCGAGGUCACUGACUUGCUGGAUGACUGUGAUGGAAGUAAUUCUUGGGAUAGUGGCUGCCUGUGAGACCAGUGGGCCUUCUCUGAUGCCAGGGCCACCUCCAACAGGCCUCACCAUCUGGCUUUUAUGACCAAGAGAUACGAGCCGCAAAACUGGCCUGGAAAAGAUAAACUGGAGGAGAUGGUGGUCCUUGGGGUUGAGUCCUUGCAUAUAAACACUACUCACUGCACGUCCCAGCCCAGACCACUUUGGAUAGCAGAUGAAAAAGGGGCUCUUGAAGGGGCCAGUAGAAGCUCGAGGCUGAAGAGUGGACAGAUGUGCCCUGCAUCCAGUAGCCCACCACGGGUCAAAGCGUCCACUCUCUCCUUAGCCAGUUGCAAAUGCAAUGGUCUGCACCUUUGCAUCUCCCUCGUCUCCUCUGACCAGCCCACUUCUCUCCACUCUUUAUCUUUCAGCAAAGCUUGAGGAGGGCAUCCCACUCCCUCUGCCAAGGGACACCUACCUCAACAGCUUGGAGUUCCAAAUCCAUGAGAACUUCUUGUUCUUAGGGGCCAAUGUUGAUUAGCCUGACGACGGAAGAGUAACUGUGGCUGGAAGAGUGGACGACACAAGUGGACUGCCCUUGACUUUGCGGGGAUCGAGGCUGCCUCUUCUCCCAUGAGCGUCCCCUGUCCUCGUGGACGCAGGGAACGUCUGACGCCUGAAGACACACCUGACUUCCACCACCCCUUCGUGUCCCUACAUACCCUUUCAGUUGUCCUCAGCCUUUCUCUGGGGGGUCAACUCCAACUCCUUGCCUGUGGUCCCCUAGAGACAACUUCAGUGACAGAAAAAAGUAUGAGCAGUGUUCAACCACCAUGCAGCCCAAAGCA